AUGUCGGACCGUGUAUUGGACUCGGAGGGUUGGCAAGAAGAAGCGCAAGCGGUGAUUAACGACGUCAAGGACCACGUUAAAACCAUCGAAGUGUCGCGGGCCUUGGCCAGCUCGAAUUCGCGUAUUUUUCUCAACGUCGAAACGCUCGAGGGCGUCAAAUACACGUUCGAAUUAACGGUGCAAGGCUACCGGUUUUGCGGCAAAGUUUUCGACAAGGACGAUUGGGAAAAUAGUCAAUAUUUCGAGACUCCGUACGCCCUACUCAACUCUGUCAGUGCCAGGUUCAAAGAGUCGUUUAUGGACGUACUGUUUAGGAAAUUGACUUACUGCAAAUAA